UACAUUUGGAAGCACUGUAAGAAUGGCGUCCUCCACCAUGUCCGUGAAGUCUUCCGCAGUGCGCAGCUUCACAGGCAUGAGGCCGUCCCUGCGGCCCGUGCAAGCGGCCAAGAUUGCCGCACCUAGGCUCUCAAGGCGCUCCAACCUCACAGUGCGCGCUGAUGGCUUCAUUGGCUCCACCACCAACCUGAUUAUCUGCUCCUCCACUGCCAUCUUCCUGGCAGCCGGGCGCUUUGGCCUGACCCCCAGCGCCAACAGACUCGCUUCCCCAGGCCUGAAGCUGUCUCCCAACAACUCCGGCCUCCAGACCGGAGACCCGGCCGGCUUCACAGCCACCGAUGUCCUCUACCUGGGCACCAUUGGACACGUCGUGGGCAUUGGCAGCAUCCUGGGCCUCAAGGCCAUUGGCGCACUCUGAAGAAGCUACCCCGAUGAGCGUCACAAGAUGGAAAGGGGCAAAUUGCCCAGAAGCAGUGCAUUGAGAAGAUUAUUCAUAGGAAUCAGCUCUACGUUUUCGGGAAAAUCCUGUGAUGUAAACUGUUCCAGCAGUACACUUGGUUUGUGGAGUGCCACAUGUGGUGAAUGAAGUGGAUUUGUAACAUAAAAGAGUGC